CACAUUUGUUAUUAUUGGCUCGAUACCACCAUUCAGUACAGUUCCUAAUCACAGAAUUACUAUUGUGUAGAGGAACUAGCAAAAAAAAUAUAUACCAUAGGCAAAAUGAGAAUUCAAUUGAUAUUUUUAUCGUUUAUAGUUUUGAGUUGUAUACAAUGGUUACCAGCGGAUGGGCAAAGGAAAACCGGCUCGCCACAAACACUUGGCGAACGAGUACAAUUGCUAACGGAUAUGAGUACUAAACGACCGGUGCAGAAAUUUAAUUUGCAAAAAUUCCGCGAUUUUGUGAAGACCACACCAAGAAAUUACUCUGUUGUUAUAAUGUUUACAGCUUUAGCACCGGCCCGACAGUGCGCCAUUUGCCGACAUGCUCACGAUGAAUACACAAUUUUAGCCAAUUCAUUCCGAUAUUCACAGGCAUAUUCAAAUAAUUUAUUCUUUGCCAUGGUCGACUUCGAUGAAGGUUCCGAUGUUUUUCAAAUGCUUCGUUUGAAUACGGCACCAGUUUUCAUGCAUUUCCCAGCUAAAGGCAAACCUAAAGCUGCUGAUACAAUGGACAUUCAACGAGCUGGUUAUAUGGCUGAAUCACUUGCCAAAUGGAUUCAAGAGCGUACCGAUAUUCAAAUUCGCAUUUUCCGACCACCAAAUUACUCCGGAACGAUUGCCAUUCUCAUGCUUGCCUCAUUGGUUGGCGGUUUCUUGUAUAUGCGACGCAAUAACUUGGAAUUUUUGUUCAACAAACGAAUGUGGGGCGUUUUAGCUCUAACAUUUUGCUUUGCUAUGAUCUCAGGACAAAUGUGGAAUCAUAUUCGUGGUCCACCACUUAUGCAUAGAGGUGCCAAUGGUGGCAUUGCAUACAUUCAUGGAUCAUCACAAGCACAAUUGGUCAUCGAAACAUACAUCAUUAUGUUCUUAAAUGCCAUGAUUGUUCUUGGAAUGAUUCUACUCACUGAAGCUGGUCAACAGACCGAUCAACGAAAAGGUCGUUUUAUGGCGAUUAUUGGAUUGAUUUUAGUUGCAAUAUUCUUCUCAGUAAUUCUUUCUGUGUUCCGUUCCAAAGCCCAAGGCUAUCCAUACAGUUUCUUAUUCAAAUAAACGGGUUCACCUAGAAAUCAAUUGAUUAAAAACAAUUUGUAGCAAAAAAAUAUAUUUUGCUGUAGUUUCUAUGAUUUGAUAAAAAGAAAGUAUGAAAUACGGACAAAGUAAAAAGUGAGAGUGAAAGACACCAAACAAAAUUUAAUAACAAAAAAUUAGAUAAAAUGCAAACAAAAUAUUUUUAACAUGUAAAUCGAUGGUCAAUUGCUGGCGUUGAGGACGGCUGGUUCACCGUUGUUUUGAGUGUGUGCAUGUGCAUCAUAAGUGUGUUUUACUUUGACAUAAUUUACGUAAUUGUUAUUUAAUUUUCAACACACAAUAAAAAUAGAAUGGAAAAUAAAAAAUCUUUCUUAAAUUCA